CUGAGCCAAUGAGCGGCGGCGGGAGGUGAAAUCCGGUUCUAACCGGUCCGGGGCUCCCAGCGCUAUAAAAACUUUAUAAACCCCCCGGAGCCGGAGCAGUGUGAAGAAGAAGAGGCGAGAACGACCCCCGGACCGGCCAAAGCCCGCGCGCCGCUGCAUCCCUGCGUCCAGCGCUUACGUCCCACCGCCGUCGCCACCAUGCCCAAGAGAAAGGCUGAAGGGGAUGCUAAAGGAGAUAAAGCCAAGGUGAAGGAUGAGCCACAGAGAAGAUCUGCAAGGUUAUCUGCUAAACCUGCUCCUCCAAAGCCAGAGCCCAAGCCUAAAAAGGCCCCUGCAAAGAAGGGAGAGAAGGUACCCAAAGGGAAAAAGGGGAAAGCUGAUGCUGGCAAGGAUGGGAAUAACCCUGCAGAAAACGGAGAUGCCAAAACAGACCAGGCACAGAAAGCUGAAGGUGCUGGAGAUGCCAAGUGAAACUUGACUCCCUUAAACCCAGAGACCUGUUGGAACCUGACACCCAAGACAUGGUUCCCAGUAUGUCAGGCAAUCUGGACUUUACAGUGUCACCACUGAGAUGGCGUCCCUCAAAAAAGUUCCUUUUCUAGCUCGUGGAUCUUCAGAUUGAUAAUUCUGCCAUUUUCAUUUCAUUUCCUGAAAGUCAGGGUCGGCUUGUGAAAAGUUGUUAAACAACAUGCUAAAUGUGAACUGUCAACCCUCACUCUAAACUUCCCCUGUUCAGAGCAUCACAUGAAGACUUCAUUGGGUUUUAUAGUGGCUUUCUGAUUUUGGUAGUCCAUUGAAGAAGGGAGUUUGAAAGUUGUUGUAUACUGUUAACGAUCGUCUGCCCAUGUCCUGCCUGAAAUACCAUGAUUGUUUAUGAAAAGUAUCUUUAAUAAAGCUGGAUACAGUUUGGCUUGGAA